CACUCAGUAGGUACCUACGAGUUGCCGGGGCAGUUUGGGUCGUGAAACAGCGCCCUGAGAUUUGUGUUUACGGCGCCCUUCACCCCCCUACCAUUCGCGUGUUCACUGUUGCAAAAGUAAACAAGUCUGCCCCGCCGACGGGACCCUUGCGGCUGGAGGACCUGCCCGACCUAGCCUGAAUCCAAAGAUUGUGGAAUGUCAUGCGGAUGCGCGCCGCCAAGCAGGGGCAAGUCGCGUCGACUACCAAACCUAGGAAAAGAACGUGUAACUAUACAAUCAUUUGCCCACACUUCGUCGAUGCUGGUGCGCCACUUCAUCUGUCGCCCAUGAACAACGGACACCACAUACGAGACUCCAAUUGAGAAUUGGGAGAGGAAGAGCCAAACCCGUCAACGGCAGAAAGUCGACAUGACGUCGCAACAAGAUGUUACGCUUCCCCCGACGCGGAUCCCGCGCAAAUCAUUAAGCGGCGGCUCACCGACGAAGAAAAGGGCAGAGAAGGACAAUGCAACUGUUGAUAUCGGCGCUAUGGGCGCUGGUCGCAAGAAGAUGCGCAGUAAGAGCAUGGGACCAGGUAGUCUUGACAUAUUCAAGUCAGGCAAUGGUAAUCGCAGAGCCUCUCUGGCCGUACCAUCACGUCCACCCCCAAGGUCCAUUCUCAAGCCGACCUCGCUCCCAGAAAUCCCUACAUUUAAAUCGCGACAAGCCGGAAGCCAGGUCAGCGGCACCGAUCAAUCGACGAGCUCAUUUGACAGCGGCGAGGGCGGGACCAGGGUGGCCGUACGCACUGAGGAGGAGCAGCAAGCAGCUGCCCGAGAGCGCGAGGAAAAGGAGCGGGCACAGGUUGAGAAGGACAACAACGAGCGAAGGGAAGCGCGCAGAAAGUCACUUGCCAACAGGAGAGUGUCCUUUGCCGCCGAAGCCACCCUGCACACCUUUCAUGAGAUCGAACUUCCCCAAGAUUCGACAACGUCUACAGAUACAACACGCCGCGCAUCAUCUUCGACCACCGCUCCAUCCCCUGCCCCUUCAACCUUGGAGGCUUCUAAACCACUGCCUGCUCCCGAUAACGCCGAAGAUGACACCAUUGCGUACGAUUCCGACCUUGAGCAUGCCGAUAGUGUCGCUGAGAUUCAAGCGGAGGAGAUGACCGGGUCAAGCGAUGACUCGGAUGUCGAAGACGGCACUAUGAUGACGGUAGAAGCAGAAGAGUUGACCUCGGCCUCUAUAGCAACACCACGCUCGCAUUUCAGCGCAGACUCGAGUGGGGACUUGGAUGAAAACCUCCGACUUGCGGCCCGAAGAGCUGUAACCCAACGACUGGAUGAAGACGAAGAGGUUAUUGCUGGGUUCGCAGGAUGGGGAAAGAAAAACAUUGCGCAGGGAAGCUCAAGCCAAGGCAGUGGUCAGCACACCCGUUCCAACCUCACACAGGUUGAUCAGGUACCGGACACGGAUAUGGAUGCGGAUAUGGAUAUGACCACCGCCGUGGGUGGAAUCAUCCGACGGAUGAGUCCAUCACCUGAGGGAGACGAUGGCGAUGACAUGGACAUGUCGAUGGACGUUACCAAGGCAAUAGGAGGAAUAAUUGCACAACCAAUACCAUCAACCAUUCAAGAGCAAUCCGCCAGACCGGGUGCCAGGUCGCUUGAAGUUUCAACAACGUCGCGUGGUGAUAGAACCAUGGAGCUCCCAACAGCAGUAGGAGGAACCCAACACAGCAGGGUUUCGGAUGUGAGCCAGUUCGACACGGAUGCUAAUGAGGACAUGUCGAUGGAGAUAACCACGGCAAUUGGUGCGGUGUUGGGCGGGACCUCGUUCGGCAACGCUCCUCAGGAAUCCCGGUCGACGACGAACAAUGGGACGAACGAUGAAGAAGACGAGGCUUCCAUGAUGGAUAUGACUGUCAGUGUUGGCCAAAUUCUACGGGACAGGUCCGAAAACGAGGCAAACGACACCCAAGCGAUGGACAUUACAGCGGUAGUGGGUGGUAUCAUCAAACCAGCCCCAACUCCUCAGCAGGGCUCGACAAGCCAAGCAAUCACGGGGCCUACAGCUAAAGAGAAUGUCCGUCCUCUCACAUCUACGGCUGUGAUUCGAACUUCUCCUAAGCGGCGGAGAUCGGCGGUUGUAGAUGAGAAUGGAAGCCCUGGCCUUGCUGCCUUCCAGAACAAUGGUCUCCGUCAAAGUUUGCCGCCUGCGAGCUCAGUGGCAGCGGGGGGGCUGUCUAAUGACGCACCAAGCUCGCCAUUACAGAGCUCGCCGUUGAGGAGCUCGCCCACCAGGAUUCUGCCGACUCGAAGCUCUCCGGACAGGCGCCCUCUUGCAAGACAGCCUUCGCCAGGAAAUGCUCCGGAGACACAGCUGGGCACUCCGGUAUCAAAACCUGCACCUAGAAUGAUUGGGAGCCGAUCAAGUUCACCUAUACGCGCGGCUUCGCCCAUGGCGAAAACCACACCACUCAGCCUGAAAUCGAAGCUCUUCCGUCAGGAUCCCUCUACUGGGCUUAACACUCCACGCAUUGUGUUGACACCACAGAACCGCCGUCUUUCUGGAGUUGGCGCUGACCGACCGGGAUUGGGCUCGCCUAAAGUUGCAGAAAUUAUCGAUCGCCGAGAUUCCAUUGGAGAGACAGCUCCCGACUUUGUUCCCAGUCAACCCGAUGGCCAGCGCCGAGCUGUGGCCUUUGCGGAUCCUCGAGUAAUGGAAGCUGAGCUUGACAAAGAGAGGCGAGAGGAAGAAGAAAGAGAGAACAGUCGCCGGAUCUUGGAGCGAGAAACGGAUGGAGAGCGAGAUGCCACUGUCAAUUUGAUGGAGAUGAUUCAGGGGCUCACACCCAAGAAAAAGCCUUUACGUGGCCGAAAGAGCUUGGCCGUAGGAAGUGCAAGAGGCCUUUUGGGGAAGCGGCCCGUGGAGUUGGACCAGGAUAUUGAUGAAGAUACUCCAGAAAAGGAUGGAGUAAAACGGUUGAAGGGACAUCAAGGCAGUCCAGUCAAGAACAUCAGGCUGCAGGCGCCUCCGUCCAAGGCCGAGACCACAACAGGCAGAGAGACCGUCUCUGAGGCUGUCGACCAAACAAGCAACAACACUGCCACACCAACUAUACCCUCUUCUCCCACAAAGACAAUGACGCCUAGAAAUCAGGGUCGUUUCAAGGAUGUCGCGAAUGACCAGCCUACAAUUACAAUGGAUUUUGACCACACCGGCCACAUUGAUGAGAAUGCGGAGCAACGAAAUGACGACGGAGAGCGCAUUCAUCUGCAAGACUUCCUCAACAUGACGAGUAUUCGGUUUAUGGAGCUCACUACGACUAAACGAAGACACACUAUUGCCCCAGGGGCUUCUCGAGACAGCACAUCUGCGGAGGAUAAGGAUGUUACCUUUGAGAGUUGCGUGGUGGCUGGUGCCUGUACGGUGCCUAUGCUAGAAUUGUACCAGCAUUCCUGUCGUGAACUGAAGAAGUACAUCUCAGAGGGACGCCGCAUUGUGCGCGAUAUCGAGACCGAGACCUUUGUGGAAAACCCGCCGUUGUUCAAGGAGUACAUCUCGGCCACUCCGGAGCUUAAGCUCCUCAUGGAUAACCAGUUCAAGAACGUCAAGAGCCACGCGCGGCUACUGAGCAAGGCGAUGUGGUACGAAUGGCGCAUGAAGCUACAAGAAGGACUCAAAGAGGGGCUCUUCAAGAUCUCGGAAGGAAUGGACAAGGACGACGAGCUUCUAAGGAAGCAGCAGGAGCUCUUGUCAUCAGUCCUUCCUAGUCUGACCAAGCGGUUCGGAGCUCUUGAGCGCGAGUUGGAAAAUCUUGAGGCUGUCGAAAAGGAGCUUGAGGACUGCGACCCAGAGGACCUUGAGGCUGCUCGCGCGGAGCUUACCGAGCUUGACAAGACCAUUGCCGAGAAGAGCAAGAAGAUUGAGGAGCUUCGCCAACAGGUCGAGGAACAUCAGACGGACGUUCAAUCCCUGGCUGAUCAGAAGCAGCAGUACUUGGAUGAUAUCACGGCGGCCGACAAGAUUCGGGAGGAGUGCAGGGGGUGGAGCUUGACGGAGAUCAGCUCACUCAAAGCUCGUGUCGACAAACUGGAGGAGAAAUCCGGCUGGGCCAUCAACAAGAUCGAAGCUUCGGUGAUGUUCAUGACCUACAAGCGAGAGAUCGAGCUCGCCUUCGACUUGGCCUCCUUCAAGCAACAACACAAACAAGGAUCCACUAUCGACAUCCGAUACAUCGCACACAAGCGCGAAGGCAACGUCAUUCCCUUGACACCAGAGAGAAUUUUUUUCAUCGAAUGCAUCAGCAGCCACCUGCAAGCUCUUUCAAAAUCUUCUCUAUCCGUUAACCGCUUACUCACCAUUGUCAGCGACGCGUGGGACAAAGCCGACGCAGCAGCCGAGCAGAUUCGGCUUCUCAACCUGAGCUUUCCCACCAAAGUAACUCGGACAUCCGACACAACCCUCGAAGUCCGCUCCUCGCUGCUUUUGGCACCUCUACAAACUCGCGUCGAAGUUUGUCUAGCCCUGGAGAAAAUCUUCAGCAACAAGAAUAACGACUCUCUCGACGUAAGAGUCACAUCAGACGCCAAGGUCCUUUACGGCGAGCAGUUCACCAAGUCCAAGUUGAAUGACUUUCUCAAGAAUAAGCUCGGGAAGCAAGUGCUUGGGAAAAAGGAACAGCAGCAAGCUCGCGGCAACAAAAAGAAACAGCAGCAACAUGGAUGGAGUGAGGUCGUGUUAGAGUUGUACAAGCGGCUGAUGGCCAAGGGUGCUAAGGUGGGGCAUUCUGGGCAGACACAGUUGGCGAAUGGGAGUGCGAAUGCGCAGCACCUGCAGGGCCUACAAGACCAGGGGGUGGCGCUGAAGUAAACAAACGUCUUGGGUGUUUGGGAAUUCGGGUGGCUCAGGUGGAUGGUGGAUGGAGCAGGGGUUCGACAGCGGCUGAAUGACUGCACGCUUAUAGGAUGACCCGUUAUGUACUCGACACAAUGUUCACUACGACAGCGCCGUGUUGUCUCAGUUAAAUGCCGGAAAUCGGAUGGAUGGGGAAUUGUACGGAUGAAGGAUGUUCAAGUAUGGCUUUUAAGUAUCGAGUAUUGGUAUGAUGAUAGAUACCCUUGGCUAGAUUAUAUGGUUUACUGGCUACUGAUCGUCCCGGUUUGAUUGACCAUGUCUUUAAUGUCUGUCUCUGGGAAUAUGCUAUGGUGAUGAGGG